UACAAUUUUGGGAAUAGAUUAACUAGUGCGACCCAGUCGCUAGCACCGUGAUUUGCAAUAUUUUGAGCCUCAGCUAUUCAAGAACCUUCGAGCAACUAGUUCGCAAGGUAUAUAAACCUGCUCCGCCUCAGCUGCAUUUGUAUACACAAUCGAUUGCCCGAACAAAUACGACGUAGUAGUCGAGAGCUCCAAAUUAAAAUAAUCCGUCACAUAAAUUUGCUGCAACAAGUUAAACGAGAAUAAACGCGUCAGCACCGAUAUAUAUUUAAACAUCUUCCGAAACUAUUAAAGACAUUACGAAAAUGCCGGAGAAGUUGUUGAAAAUAACCUACCAUGUCGCUGGACCCCAGAAGAAAAUAAAUGCAUACUUGAGGAUGCCCUCCCAGAAUUACACCAUAUUGCGUCGCGAAAUUGAGCUGUAUCUUUUCCAGGAACGCCAGUUGCCUAAAUGCGACGUAAGGACCUUCUGGAUCGACUCUGAUCAAGAUGAAAUCGAAAUAGUCAACCAAAAUGACUAUGAGAUCUUCCUGGCCAAGUGCGAGAGCAAUAUGCACGUUCAGGUUGCUCCACUGGAGCCCAUAGAGGAGCCAAAGGCCACCAAGCAAGAGGGUUCUUCGGCCAACGCUGAAGGUCCUUCCGCCGACGAUCCAAGCAAUUUCACCAUCCACGACUCCGUUGAAUGCGAUGGCUGCGGCUUGGCUCCCUUGAUUGGGUUCCGCUACAAGUGCGUGCAGUGCAGUAACUAUGAUCUUUGCCAGAAAUGCGAGUCGGCCCACAAGCAUCCUGAACAUUUGAUGCUGCGCAUGCCGACCAACAAUGGGCCCGGUUUGGUCGAUGCCUGGUUCUCAGGUCCAGGAUUGGGGCGUCGCUGUGGUCGGCGCUCCAAGGGACAUUGUCCGUUUCAGGAGACGAGCCAGGCAUCUCCGGCUGGCGAAUCAACCAGGGAUAGUCGUCGUGAACGACGUCACGCUCGUCGGCAUGGCGGGGUGUUGUCUCAGUUUGUCGAGAUGAUGACCAACUUGCCGCUAAACGAAACUACGGCCACGGCACCAGCCGAACCGCAGAAGCCGAAGGCUGCAGAACAAGAACCAAGUGCUCCAACAGCUGAGCCCACUGUUACCGCUCAAAAGGCAACUGGAUCCGAGGCCAAACCAACUGAGCCAAAGAAGGUAAACACUGAUCAAAGUGUUCCCCCAACCGAUGAUCCAGUGACGACUCCGCGGUCCACUGAGCCAACUACUCCAGUGAUCAAUCUGGAUAACCUUUCGCAGAUUGUGCCACCCGAGUACAUGCGUGCUGGCAUCGAAAUUCUUAACAAUUUUAGCGAAAUGUUUGCCAAGAUGAUCGAUCCCACGGAUUUGGGUGAUUCGGGAACAUCUCCACCCUCAAUGACUCCCAGUACUGAGAACAAGAAACCAGAAGAGAAGGUUCAAUCUAGUGCCCAGUCGGCGGCAGCUUCAACCAGCCAGUCAGCUGUUUCGUCUGCUGCUCCAUCGGCCAAUCAGUCGAAUGCCCCAUCUGCUAACCAGUCGGCCACUCCAUCCAUUUCUGGAUCGAUCUCUGAUGCUCCCCUUGAGACAGAGCCACUGAUUCCCAAGCCAACAGAUUCGGCACCACUUUCGACAAACACCAUCGAGACAGAGCAGGAUAGACGCCGUUCAGAUAGCUUGGAUCCAGAGUGGCAGGUCAUUGACAAUGCUUACUCCGCGAACAACAGUAACUUAAUCAAUCUGGACACUACCAACCCCACAGCUGCUACUCAGCAGCCGGUGCGUGAUUUUGGUCAGCUUGGCGAACUUUUGCGUCAGCAUAUAAACGAGGAGGCUCGCGUGGAGCAGGCUUCGGCCAAUACCCAGACUGCUCAAGUGGACACAGUGAGCACAUCGACGUCGACCACAUCCGUGGCCACCAAUAGUGUCGGCACCUCUCCAGCAGCUCCCGAGGAAAAGCGCAGUGUUCCCGUCUACCACACUGAUGACCGCAUCAAUCAAUCAAUCCAUGCCAUGAUGGCCAUGGGUUUCAGCAACGAGGGCGCCUGGCUCACCCAGCUCCUGGAGUCGGUUCAGGGCAAUAUUCCAGCUGCCUUGGACGUAAUGCAUGUCUCGCAGAACCGCAACUAAAUAUAUAUAUUCAAUAUCCAUAUAUCUGUUAUGUAUCUUCAAUAUCUAUCGAACCCAAUGAAAAAUGGGAUUUUACUUUAUCUUAUCAGUUUACUACGUAGCUUAGUGUUUUCUGUGGUGCUAGAUUAAUCUCGUAACCAAAAACAAAAAAUGUGAAAAUGUAUUUAUUUUAUGUUUUAAAUAAUCAACAAAAUGUUAUCGUAUAUAUAAAUGUGUGUGAAAUUACAAUAAAGGCACAAAGUGAAAAUGAUUUAAAA